GUGGCUGCCAUGGGCCCCGAGGUGCUGCUGGAAGCCGUGCCCCUGGAGAUUGAUGGCAAGGAGGAGACACUGGAUUUCCCCCGCAGCUGGCUCCUGCCGGUGCUGCGGGACUACGUGCAGGGUGCACGCCUGGGCUUCUUCACCAGCUACUUCUUGCCCUUGGCAGCCACCCUGAAAAGCAGAGCCCUGGAGUUCACCCAGGCUGUCUGGACCCUAUUGCCCGGCUUCUGCACCCACCCCACGGAUGUGCUGGGGGCCUUCAAGGGGCUGGCCCGUACCCUGGGCAUGGCCAUCAGCGAGCGCCCGGACCUGCGCCCCACCGUGUGCCAGGCCUUGCGCACCCUCAUCCACAAAGGAUGCGAGACAGAUGCAGAGCGGGCAGAAGUGGGUCGCUUUGCCAAAAAUUUCUUGCCCAUCCUGUUCAAUGUGUACAGCCAGCCCGAGGAGGAUGGAGGCAGCAGCGCUCAGCGCCGCUCUGUGCUGGACACUGUCCGUGCUUACCUGGCCAUCACUGACCCACAGAUGGUGUGCGGGUUCCUGCAGAAAGCCAGCGAGAAGCUGACCAGUCCUGAGAGCUCCGAGUUUGCCAGACUCUCCAUCCUGGACCUGGUGGUGGCAAUGGCACCCUAUGCUGAUGAGCAGUCCCUGGGCUCCCUGUACCGUACCAUCCAGCCUUCCCUCCAGAGCAAGGAGCGCAGCAUGCAGAAGAAGGCGUACCGCGUGCUGGAGGAGGUGUGUGCUUCUCCCCAUGCCCCCUGCCAGGCCUUCGUCCGCUCCCACCUGCAGAAUCUGCAGGCAGCGCUGCUGGACUCGCUCAAGAGCGCGGCAUCUCCGGCCAAGAGGCCCCGGCUGAAGUGCCUGUUCCACAUUGUGAAGCAGCUCUCCGCAGAGCACGAGCCCUUUGUCACCGCCCUGGUCCCAGAGGUCAUCCUCUGCACCAAGGAAGUGUCGAUGGGGGCCCGCAAGAAUGCCUUUGUGCUGCUUGUGGAGAUGGGGCAUGCCUUCAUCCGCUUUGGGCCCACCCCCCAAGAGGCCAUGCAGCGGUUCCUGCUCCUGGUCUAUGCGGGGCUCACGGGCUCGGUCACCAUGAUCAGCUGCACGGUACUGGCACUGACCCGCCUGUUCUUCGAGUUCAAAGAUCACCUGGAGCUGAGCGUGGUGGAGCAGCUCCUGCAGAAUGUCUGCCUGCUGCUGGCCUCCCGCACGAGGGAUGUGGUGAAGGCGGCCUUGGGCUUCCUCAAGGUCACGCUGCUGCUGGUGGACACCAAGCUGCUGGCCAAGCACGUCCAGGCAAUGCUGGAGGCCGUGGGGAACCUUUCGGACGACAUGAGGCGCCACUUCCGUAUGAAGCUGCGAAACCUCUUCACCAAGUUCAUCCGCAAGUUCGGCUUUGAGCUCGUGAAAGGGCUGCUGCCGGCUGAGUACCACAAGGUGCUGGUGAACAUCCGCAAGGCAGAAGCCCGGAGCCGCAAGCAGCGUGCCCUGAGGCAGGCGGCUGCGGAUACGGAUGAAGAGGAGGCACCGCCAGCACAGCCCAGAGGAGACAGCAUGGAAGAGAUCCUGGCUGACUCGGAGGAUGAGGAGGAGGAAGAAGAGGAACGUCAGCGGGGCAAGGAGUGGAGGAAGCAAGCACGGCAGAAGGGCCAGGCCUGGCUGAAGGAAGGGGAAGAGGAUGAGCCCCUCAACUUCCUGGAUCCCAAUGUGUCCCAGCGGGUGUUGGCCACCAAGCCAGGCCCCAAGCGGUCCAGAGGAGUGAGCCACGACUUCCAGGUGUCUGAGGAUGGGCGCCUGAUCAUCCACGAAGAGGAGGAGGAGGUAGACGAUGAUGAAGCCAAAGGAGCGGACGAGGAGAUGGCAGAUGUGCUGCAAGACGUGGGUCUCCGCAGUAAAAAAAGCCAGAAGCGUCGGUUCAAAGAGGAGCCAGAUGAUGAGGAACCCGAGGCCGGGACCUACUCUCAAUACAGAGCUGGAGGUUCUGGGAUCCACCGACCGCUGGACAAGGAGCCAGCCUUUGGUUCGGAGUACAGAUCCAAGAAAGGCAAAGGCGAUGUGAAGAAGAAGGGCCAGCUCGACCCCUACGCCUACAUCCCCCUGAACAGAGCUAAACUCAACAGAAGGAAGCGGGCAAAAAUGCAGGGCCAGUUCAAGGGCCUGAUGAAGGGUGCCCAGCGCGGGGCCAAGGCUGGCCGCAGGAACCGUCGGAAGGCCCAGCGCCCCUGAGGAGCCUCAGGUGCUCUGCCUGCACCUGCCCAAGGACAGACAACACCCUGGGGCCUCUGGGCAGCAGGGGACGGGGGCUUCGUUGAGUGGAGCAGGGGGGACUCCUCUGCAGGAGAUGGCCUGAAUCUCUUUGAGACUCACUGGGAAGUCACCCCAUUGUAUUACAGACUCUUGGCUCAAGCCCUGCCCUCCUGUGCCUGGAGGAAGGUCCUGGGUGCCUGGUGCAGGGGCGUGUGUGUGUGUGUGGUGUGUGUGUGUGUGAGAGAGCAAGUAAUGUGUAAUGAAUUCUCUAUAUUGAUAAAUAUCCACUGUUCCUAUCCAGCCCAGAUUCCUCCUCUCCUUCCCUUAAGACUUGUGCACACCGU